GAUAUACCUGCGGCAACUUCCAGGACGUCGUUCAGGUUAAGCCUGCGGCACAGCUGCCAUGGAUCGUUGCUGGACGGUGCCGGUUACAAUGGCUGCAUCCGCAUUUCUGAUUUGUAUGCCCUGGACAUGGUUUGGUCUCCUCCUCGUGAUGUUCGUGGAAAAGUUCGACGUAACCAGGGAAACCGCUUCCUGGCCAAAAAGCGCCGCCACUAUGCUGAGCCAUCUUUCAGGACUGGUCGUCUAUGCCCUUCAACGACGAAUCAAGACCUUCUACAUCGUGUUGUUUAGCACGAUGCUCACAUCUGUGGCGUUUAUCUCGGCGGCAUUUGCUCCCAACAUGCUCUGGAUGACAAUAACAGUAGGCGUUAUCCAUGGCUUGGGACAUGGAAUCUUCCUCACCUCUUCCACAGUAUACACGCUACUACAUUUUGUCAAGUACCGGACCAUCGCCACAUCAUUCAUUUUCAUCGCAUAUGGCUUAUCAGCUGUCGUCAGCCAAUUCGUACUCACCGGGCUGAUGAAAUUUUAUGACCUGAAAGGAGCAUUGCUGUUGUACGGUGGAAUUCUCUUGAACUCGUUCGUGAUUGUUAUGCUGGCCUGGAACCCUUCCCCAAUCAGACUUCCUUGCAAACAAAACAGCCAUGGAUGUCUUGAAAAUGCACUUCCCACGGAAAGGAAUUAUGGAGCAACUGGCGACGGCAACGCAUCUUGGAAAAGCUCAGAAAACCGACGGUGCUCCGACCUCACGGACGAAGCGGCCCAGCCCGAGAGCAGCACCUUGAAGCAUGUCCUGGCCCUCUUCAGCACGCCUUCAUUUUACGUUCUGCUUGGAGCCAUCCUUGUUGGAGACUACACUGGCGUCGAGUUCCUCAGUACAAUCGUGGAUUACGGAGUCGACAAAGGCUUCGAGCUUGGCAGCGCCCAACAUUUGGUGACAUUCUCUUCAGCAGGCCAACUUGUGGGCCGUAUCAUAGUUCCAGUGCUAGCGGACUGUGUGCCUUUCACCCGCCGACCGCUGUACGCGUUUAGUUUGGUGACAUUUGGUGUGUGCAUGAUGACAAUGCCACUAGUGGAUCUUAUCUUGCCGGCGCUAGCGUUAGCAACACUGGCGGGAGUGGCGCAGGGAUACAUCUUGUGCAUCCGGUACGUGCUUCUCGCGGAAUACCUGGGAGUGGAGAGGACGGCGGCCUCCAGUGGCAUCGUCGGCGUCGCCAUGGUUCCGAUGUCCUUGGUCAGCCCAGUGAUCAUAGGACAUUUUCGGGAUGCAACCGGAUCGUACGACAGCUACUACCAGAUGCUGGGAAUAAUCAGCUUGGUCGCCGCUGUUUUCUUCGCAACGCACGAUUUCUGCCAGAAGAAGAGUACAAGAGACGCUCACUCUCAAUGAACGUUGUUUCAACCAGAUGAGAAGUUGAGCUUACUUGCGGCAUAAGCAGCAGGGAUACUGAAUGAUGGUGCCAUGAAGGACUGGCAUGGUGGGUGUCAGCGUCGGUAAAAGGGUCCCUACAUCGGGAAAAGCAAGCUUGUGUUCUUGAGUAUCAGCGCAUCAAACGUUACUGUUUCUGCUGCUUCCCCAGGCGUAUGUUAUAUUACAGCGUAAGCUGUUAUGGGCUCAUUCCAAUACCCGUUUCGGUUGUCGAUGGUGUCCCCCUUAGCAGCCGUCGCCACCAGUGUCCCGUCUCCGUAACAGACAUCACCGGGAAUGAGAAAAAGGGUUUCCAGUUCCCACCGAGACGGAGCCCAGGUCCACUGCGUGGGAGUCAGCUGCUCUGCCAGCGAGCCACGAGUGCACUUGCCAGCAUGCAGCCGAAAAUUGCCCUUCAAACAGGUCCUAGCGCGCCAGGAAACACGUGACAUGCGCGCCGCAUAGAGUCGAUACAUGCACAUUUUGCAUCGCAGUUGCAUAUCACUAGGCCAGAUAGAACGCCAUGUAGCUGGUAAAGAAGGUUUCAGGAAGAAAAAGAAGUUAUCGUGCACCUGAUUAAAUCAAGCUGCCUACGUGACUAUGUCACUACCGCGCUUUAAAGGGGGUGUCAAUAAAUUAUCAACAUCAGUAGUAUCA